GCCACAUACUAAUAGGGCCUUCGUCACGGUGCAUAUUCACUACAGCCCCUACUAAGAGGUAGCUUCGAGGAUCUCCCGCAAACUAGCAGUCUUGAGUCGCAAAGGAAUCCAUAAUAGGCCCCCUCCCAUGACUUCUAUGGCAAACGAUUUGAGUUCACAACGCGCUGUGCGGUGGCAUCCACCUUCUUAUGACAUUCGUGUCGAAACACUUCCCAUUCCUGAGAUUGAACACCCUGAUGAUGCGAUAGUAAAGAUUAAGCUUGCUGGGCUAUGUGGUAGCGAUCUACACAUGUACCGUGGAACAGCGAGACUCACAGAGCCCUGCAUCAUGGGUCACGAAUUCAUCGGCGAAGUUGUUGCACUCGGUGCAAGUUUUCAUUCUAAUUCUACCGGCCGGCCGCACUUGUACUCCACGCUUCGUGUCGGCGAUAAGGUUGUCUCGCCGUUCACAGUCUCUUGUGGGGAGUGCCAUUUUUGCAGAGUGGGAUUCACGUGCCGUUGCAUCGAGUCUCGUUUAUUUGGCACUCCUAUGACUCCAGGGGGACAAGCUCAAUAUGUUCGCGUUCGCAGGGCCGGAGGUACCUUGUACAGUCUGCAGGAAAUUCCUGACGGGUCUUUGCUCGCUGACUCCUCUUUGCUGUUGCUGUGCGACAUCCUUCCAACCGGAGUGUUUGCUGCAUUCCAGGCACUCAGUCACGCCAAAACUCUACCAUUUACAACCAGGCAACCAUAUCCGCUUAGUGCGAGUCCGUCGCAAGCGGGAGAUGUUUCAUUUCUACCCCUCUUGGAAGAAGACACAUCAUUGACUAUGGCGGUGAUAGGGUUAGGCCCUGUGGGGGUGUGCGCGUGUAUUGCUCUCCUUGACAUGCUCGUCACGCGAAAGGUGAAGUUCAGUGUGAUAGCCAUUGACCCGAAUGAAGCCAGGAGGACAAAAAUGGCGUCAAUCUACUCAAUCAUCAGCGGCACCCAACAAUUUGGUGAAUUUCAGGUAGCAGACACCAGCAAUGUCAAAGAAAUUGUCACAACUUUGACCAAGGGAGUCGGUUGCAACGCCGUUCUUGAAGUCGUUGGUAACACCAGUGCACUUCGGCUUGCUUACGAGCUUGUACGACCAUUUGGCUGUAUCAAUUCUGUCGGAGUUCACAGCGAUCAUGCUGUACCAUACAAGGGCGUUGAGCUUUAUGACAAGAAUGUGUCACUUGACUUUGGUCGGUGUCCAGUGCGUGCUAUGUUCCCAAUGGCACUGGAGCUGCUCCUGAAAAGGCAAGAUGUAUUGGGAUUGGUGGGUGGGGAAACAAGCUUGGUGGAGAAAAUAGCGAGUUUCGAUGAUGCGGCGCAGAUAUAUGACGAUUUUGACAAGGGGAAAUGCGGGAAGGUCUUGUUUGACCCAUGGAAGUAGUCCAUACAAGUCAAAAAUUGUACGUCGUUGCCUUUAUUGAUUGCACAAGACACGGGUGUUCCAUCGGGUA